AUGGCGAACUUCAAUCUCAACUCGAUGACUUCAUACUCUCAUCUACUAGGAUCUUCAACAAAGAUUCACAUGCUUAUUCCAGAAUACUAUGAACAGUGGUCUGAUCGUAUGCAAGAUUAUUUGAAUGGACUCGAUGAAGAGCUUUGGUCUUGCAUCUCAGGGAAUGUUACUCUUCCUAAAAAUAUUCAACCUAUUGGAUCGUCAUCUUGUACUACGAGUGUGGAAAAUCAAUCUGAUCGAAUGAAGAAACUUGAGAAACGAUGCAUAAGGGAGUUACAUGGUGCAUUGCCUCUAGUUGUGUAUAACUAUGUCAAGAGUUGUACAACUGCUAAAGAAAUCUGGAAUAAUCUCAAAGAAAAGUUUCAAGGUAGCGAGAAGACGAAAAUCAAUUCAGUUAAGCAAUGUUUGAUUGAAUUGAAGGAUUUCAAGCAAAAAUAUGGUGAAACGAUCGAAAGUUACUAUGAUAGGCUGAACGAGCUGAUUUACAAAUGUAAUCGUUAUGGAAUCACAAGGUCUGCCAUGGAAUUCAAUCUUACCUUUGUUAUGGGACUCCUUAAAGAAUGGAGGAGUGUUAGCAUGAUGGUGAAAAAUCAACAGAGUUUCGACACAUCUUCUUUGAAUGAUUUGUACAAUCAACUGAAAACUCACAAAAGUGAAGUGAACGAAAUGUCAGAAGAGUCGAAGCUUAGUUUGGGAGGUCCAUUAGCACUUGUCUCUAAAGUGUCUGAAAAGGAAGCAAUCGAAAAAGGUGAUUCUGAUGAUGAAGAAGGGUUUAUCAUGAAUUCGGAUGAUGACGCAAUAGGUUUUUACUCAAACAAUCGAGUCAAAAAGUUUUUUAAGAAACCGUUUAAUUCGAAGGUGAAACAAAGUGAGGGAAAAGGAAGUUUUGUGAACAAGGCUGCAGGAGAAGAGAAGAAAAAGUUUGAGAAGAAUGAUGGGAAGGGUGCUAAGGAAAAGAUAGAGAAGAAACCGAAAGGAGAUUCUGGUAUGGAUUGUCAUUAUUGCAAUGGAUCCAAUCAUCUAGAAAAUGAUUGCAUGCAUCGCAAGAAGGAUGAAAAGAAGAAUAGAAUAAAGGAUGAGGCAUAUUAUGUGGAGAGGUUGGAAGAGAUGCGUACGAAGGCGAAAAAUUUGUAUUUGGUGGCUGAAGGUGAACAUGAGAAUGAUGGCACAUAUCAAAUUUGGUCUUCAGGCUCCGAUGAUGAGGAAAUGUGUAAUCCUAAGCAUGGGGCCAUGUAUACAAAGCUGGAGGAAGAUUCAGACGAAGAGGUCAAGAGCCGAUGCUUUGUGUCAAAGUCUGCUGAUAAGUCUCCAAUCACAACAAAGGUACGUAAUAUUCUUCAAUCUUUCAAUAUUCCUUUGAGUGCAUAUGACUCGAAAUUGUUGCUUUACAUGAUACUGUUACUUAUUUUGAUAAUUUGGUUGUUUCUGCUAGUGAUGAGGCUAAGAAAUUAA